GGACCAGAUACCAAUGGCACCGUACGGAUAUACCGUUCCAGAACUUUUUCAAGGGUUUUCAGCAGAAAUGACGUUAGGCUGAUGGGUCGAAAGGCAUUAGAGGUAGGGACCGAACGGCCCGCUUUGGGUAUGUAAGAUACCCGUACCUUAGUCCAUUCUGCCGGCACAUCUUUCCAGGCGACACUCGCUCGGAAAAUUUUUACCAAAAUUGGCAACAACAAAGACCUCCCUUGUUGUAACAAAGCAGGAAAGAUAUUGUCUUCUCCAGGCGGUCUGAACGGCUUAAACGUUUGAAUUGCCUGGUCCACGGAUGUGUAAGUGACGACUUUUCUAGCCACACUCCAAUCCGUAUUUGAGGGGCGCAGGAAUAGCCCGCUGUGGCAUUAUCGGCCCUCAUCAUCAGGCUUCCUGGGAAGUGAGUCUGCAUUAGAAGCUCCAACGAGGCUCUGCUAGAGUCCGUAAAACUACCGUCAGGCCGCCUAAGUGAACCGGAUCUCUAGCGAGAAUCUUGUAAAUUCUUGCACUGCUGGGUGUGUCUUUCCCUCACAGAACUUCCUCCAAGACUCUCUUUUUGCCUUACGUAUGUUUUUGGUGUAAUUCGUUAGAGCCUGUUUAUAUUUCUCCCAUUCACCUAAUGUCUUGGUUGAAAAGUUUUCGGACCUCUUGUCUUUCGGAGCUAAGAGAUUCGUUCCACAAGGGUGUGCCCCGAUUACUACUUUUCACCUUCAGUGGACUGCUACUGUGAUAUGCAGAGCGAAUUGCCACAGAGAUCUGCUCCGUGGCUAUUUCAACCUGAUCACAGUUCCUAACGGUUGCGAUAACACUAGUUAGGCAACUCUUAAACAGAUCCCAAUUAGUGCUACGGGGAUUACGGUACGUACAGUCCGAUUUCAUCCCUAGAUCAAUUUUAAAUUGAAUAUGUCUAUGAUCUGAACACGACGGUUCAGAGGAUACCCUCCAGGAGGUUAUCUUAGAGCUUAUUUUUUAUCAUGUGUAUAGGAUGUCCCAAAUUUGAAUCAAUUAUCUUCAAAACUAAAGGACAUACGGGGGGUGUACCAUGAUCCUGUUACACCCGGUAUAUAAAUAAUUACAUUGCAAAUUGUGUAUGGCAGCGCUAUCUAGUGGAUUGUUAUAGUAAAUAAAAUUCCGUCUUUAUUUUAUACCUAUCAAGAAAUCAUACCCUGGUACUUUGAUAAUCUAGGGACUUUAUCUCAACCUAUCACUUUGUAUAUUUCAUAUUAAAUUACAAGUUUUUACAUGUUCUUUUUGUAGACUCAAAGACUUAGAAUCAAAAUUAGCCGAACGAGAUGCAAUGAUAAAAGUCCUUCAAAAACACACCUACGACAAAGACGUUUCGAGUAUGUUAGGAAGAUCUCCACAUCACACUCCGCAUCCUAGUUUAGGAGGAACCGAUAUCGAUCACAUGUUAGGUACUUCCGUUUCAAGGGAAGAAUUAGUGAGUAGUGUUCUGACGAGUUCAACUGGUUUCGGUUCGAAUUCGUACGCAGGAAGCGACUCGUCGUACCAUCACAUGCCAUCGUACAAAUACGAAUCAACGAAAAGUUUCGAUUCGACGAAACAAUCAUUGGAUAGUCAAUUGAAAGAGAUUGAUAGUCAGCUUGAUUCGCAACUUUUAAGCAAGCGGGGUCUUUGCUGUUUUCCAGGAUUCGCUAAUCCAGUCGCUGCGCAGAGAAAAGGAAAAAUACCCAAACCAUUAUUGGCGGGUGUGAACGGUGCAGGCGGCGGGGCCCUUUUCGAAUCAACAUCGGGGGCCUUGCUGUUGCCUCCGCAAUCGCGACACGAAUCCGGUGAAAUGCUCCUUUUGGAGAAACAAGGUCGGACAUCACAGCAACAACGCAUGCAAGAUAACGGGGGUCAACAGCAGCACCAUCAGGAGGGCCCCUCCGCCAAUAAUUCCGAUUUACCCCCCAGUAGUUUACCAAGACCCCCGAGAACUUCGGGCGGUCAUCGCAGCGGUUUACCAAGACGAUUCGUUGGUGAUUAUAAUCGGUUGCCUGAUAACGAGGCUCCUCUUCCCCCAAGAAAAAAAUCGGAUGGAGGCGAUUCGUUAAGUUCAAACACAAGCAGUAGAAGAGGAUCUCCCGCCAGAUCUUUAAUCCCACCCCCAAGGAAAUUAGGAGAAUACGGGAGAUUAUCAGAAAGCGGAGGAUCAAGCUCAUCAUUACGAAAACCAUCCUCCUCAUCUCCAAGAACAAGAAUAGGAAGCGCCGGGGAACGAGAUUCGGGCUCAACAUUAAGCGAUAACUCCGCAAGUUCUUUACCACCCCCGUCAAAAGUCAAAAUGUAUGGGAGUGUGAGAAGGGGAUCUUCUUUGGGGAGGGAUAGUAAGUCUUCUACGGAUUCAAACGUUAGCAAGUAUCGAAUACAAUUUUAAUAAUGUAAUUUAAUCGGGAAGAGGAGAAUUAAAAAAGGCACCGAGCAUUUAAUGUAUAAAUAAAUAAAAGGUUAAAUCUUUUAAGAGCGAGAAAAAUAUGAUAGAACUACAUUCCAGAAGUCGGAAUUUAUGUGCCUUGAAGAAAUCGCGCCAAAAAUACGUGCCUUCUUUUAACACGAAUGAUUUAUUUGUAAUAACGCUCGAAAAAAUGUCCCGGUGAAUCUAUUUUAUCGUCGUUUUUAUUUUGUGACUUGGAGCUAUUUUUAGCGACUCUUUUAUAAAUUGAUUUUUAAUUUAAGUGAGGUUUAGAGUUAAUUUAUUUAAAAGUUGGUCUAAAUGGCUCUUAGGUGUUUCUAUAAUAGUUUGUUGUUUCUUAUUAUGAAUAAUAAAAAUCUAGUCCCCGUUAA